GGCCCAGGCAAGAGGCCACGACCGCCACAUCAGGCACCAUGAUGGAAGGGGGCAUGCAGCUGCUCAACCGUGAUGGCCACAGCAUCUCGCAUAACUCAAAGCGGCACUACCACGACUCGUUCGUGUCCAUGAACAGGAUGCGACAGCGUGGUCUGCUGUGUGACAUUGUGCUUCAUGUCUCCAACAAAGAAAUCAAGGCGCACAAAGUGGUGCUGGCGUCUUGCAGCCCUUACUUCCAUGCUAUGUUUACCAAUGAGAUGUCUGAGAGUCGGCAGACCCAUGUGACUCUUCACGACAUCGAUCCUCAAGCUUUGGAGCAGUUGGUCCAGUACGCCUACACAGCAGAGAUCGUGGUCGGGGAAGGCAACGUGCAGACGUUGCUCCCAGCAGCGAGCCUGCUGCAGCUCAAUGGGGUGCGGGACGCCUGCUGUAAGUUCCUCCUCAGCCAGCUGGACCCUUCCAACUGCUUGGGCAUCAGAGGCUUCGCUGACACACACUCCUGCAGCGACCUGCUCAAGUCAGCACACAAGUAUGUCCUGCAGCACUUUGUGGAAGUGUCCAAGACAGAGGAGUUCAUGCUGCUGCCACUGAAACAGGUCCUGGAUUUGAUCUCCAGUGACAAUCUCAAUGUGCCAUCUGAAGAAGAAGUGUACCGAGCCGUGUUGAGUUGGGUGAAACAUGAUAUAGAUGGACGCAGGCAACAUGUACCUUGGCUGAUGAAGUGCGUGCGGCUGCCACUGCUUAGGCGAGACUUUCUGAUGAGCAACGUUGAUACGGAGCUGCUGGUGCGUCACCACUCGGAGUGCAAGGACCUGCUGAUCGAGGCUCUCAAGUAUCACCUGAUGCCUGAGCAGAGGGGAGUCCUGAGCAACAGCCGGACGCGCCCUCGACGCUGUGAGGGCGCCAGUCCUGUGCUCUUCGCGGUUGGUGGUGGCAGCCUGUUUGCCAUCCAUGGAGACUGUGAGGCGUAUGACACCAGGACAGACCGCUGGCACAUGGUAGCAUCCAUGUCCACUCGGCGGGCACGGGUGGGCGUGGCAGCCAUUGGGAACAGACUCUAUGCUGUUGGAGGCUAUGAUGGCACCUCCGACCUUGCAACUGUGGAGUCUUAUGAUCCCAUCACUAACUCCUGGCAACCAGAGGUUUCUAUGGGAACACGGCGAAGCUGUUUGGGUGUAGCUGUCCUGCACGGCCUGCUGUACGCUGCUGGAGGUUAUGAUGGAGCUUCCUGUCUCAAUAGUGCAGAGCGUUACGACCCUCUGACCAGCACGUGGACCUCAAUUGCUGCCAUGAGCACCCGUAGGAGAUAUGUACGAGUUGCAACUCUGGAUGGCAGCUUGUAUGCAGUGGGAGGUUACGACAGCUCCUCGCAUCUCGCAACAGUGGAGAAAUACGACCCCCAGAGCAACACAUGGACGGCCAUCGCCAACAUGCUGAGUCGGCGCAGCAGUGCCGGGGUGGCCGUGCUGGACGGCAUGCUGUACGUCGCAGGAGGCAACGACGGCACCAGCUGCCUGAACUCUGUGGAGAGGUUCAACCCCAAGACCAACACCUGGGAGGGGGUCGCCCCCAUGAACAUACGCAGGAGCACUCACGAUCUGGUGGCUAUGGAUGGCUGGUUGUACGCAGUGGGAGGUAACGAUGGCAGCUCCAGUCUCAACUCCAUUGAGAAGUACAACCCACGCAGCAACAAAUGGGUCGCAGCCUCCUGCAUGUUCACGCGGCGGAGCAGCGUAGGCGUGGCCGUGCUGGAGCUUCUGAACUUCCCGCCGCCCUCCUCGCCCACCCUCUCGGUUUCCUCCACCAGCCUUUGACACGGGGUCACCGUUUGGCUGACCUCAGCCUCUGCUGCUACAGCCCAGACUGGCUCUGGGAAGAGACGCAACUGCUCGGUUUGAGACGGUGAGGAGGAGGAAGAGUGUUGGGAGUGGACAGGUAAAUGUAUGAAGAAAGGCGGAUGUGAAUGAGGCUCCUGGUUUGACACAGUGAAAUUCAGAAUUAGUGGCACUUAUGGUGAAAUUUAGCAAACCACACUAUAACCACAAUAUCUGAAACGAUAUUGCACAAGUAACUUCUCUUUCCUUUUUCUUUGCACCAGCAACAAGCCAGAUGGUUCUUAAAAAAAAAUCAACGUAGCUUUCAAUUUCGGCGCAAUUGCAGCCUCAAGUAGAAUUACUAUUGGUGUAGAAAUAAUGAUGGAUACCCUGAAAGUGAGGUUAUAUGGAAAAAGGUUGGCUUCUCCUGCUUUAUUGAUUAUUUUUUUGUAAAAGGCCAACAAUCCCUUUAAAAAUUCUAAUAUUCUCAUUAUCGUGUAACAAUCUGGCUUCCAUUUAGCAUAUUGCCAUUAAUUCUGAACUUCCCUAUAUCUGAUCUGGAGGCCUCAAACUCCACUGUAAAGCUCCACCGUACAGAUACCAGCUCCCACUCUCUUCGAGAUAUUUCCUGGAAAAGGAUGUGUGAACAUUGAGCAGUCUUUCCUCAAACCCCACUUUUUUUUUUUUCCACCACUCCAGUGUUUGACACACUUAUCGUGAAACAUGGUGGGCCUUUAAAUUCUGUCAUGUGUGAUGUAAAUGUUUUCGGUUUGAUGUUGUCCUCUGCAAGGUUUUUCUUUGAUGUCAGGAGUUUUUUUUUUUGCAAUAAUGUAUAAAAAAAAAGAGAAACAGAAUGAUUUUACUUUUGGAAUGUAGCUUUUUAGUGGUUGUACCAUGCAUGUUUACGUAUUGGCACCGAUUCCCCAAAAAGAUGUUAAAAAAAAAAAACAACAAAAAAACGUCGUAGUGCUGCUGUGCCACACUAGGUGGCAGUAACAAGCAAUGCUAUAAACCCUUCUCACACCGCAAGAAAGCAUGGACACCAACAACGUAGAAAAGCUCGGCCCUCAGAACUGCAAAGAGUUUGGAUCCUUUUUAUAUAUAUAUAAAAAUAUAUAUAUAAAAAAUAUAUAUAAGAACAGAAAGUUAUGUUGAACUAUAUGUAUUUAUAAAAUGUAUAAAUUCUAAUAUAUUCUGUUUUAAAGAUGCUUAAAGAAGGAAACAGAUCUGACCUAUGCCUAUUUAAGAGUGUUUUUAAUAUAUUUAUUUAGAUGUGAUGUGCAUAUCGUCAAUGGAAAUGACAAAGAGAAUGUCUCAGUGUGAGAGCGCUAGCUGUUGAGUUUGUGUGCAUUCAGAGUUUCUCCUGGUUAAGAGGACUGUUGCAUUUUGAUAUGCAGCAUUUCAUUUGCAUUUCUUAAUGUUUCUUCACUGCCACAAGCAUGACCUCACAUGACACUGUACCUUACGUCCGCUACAUUGAUGAAAACUGCUUUAGUCUCUCGCCAACCCGUUGAGCUGUUAAUGAAAGGAUGCUAUACUGUCUUUAACUCUACUUCUUGAUCAUAAAAAGAGUCGGAGGUGGAUGUAAUCCUUUUCACACAUUAUGGCUUACCAUUACAUUAAAGCAGCAAUUACUAGUUUACCUUGAAUAUACCAACACAUGACACUAAUGAGUAUUGUUGCUGACACUUGGUGCUGUCAUCGUCCCGACCACACAUAAACUGUUGUCUCGUUUUAUUACCUCAUCGUUGAAAUUGAUCCAGCUCCAUUUCAAUAAAGUUAAAAUAGAAACAACUAACCACAAACAUACUGGCUUUAGAACCUGUGGUGAGUGAAUUGGGAACAUCGCCAGUGAACCCGCUUUGUCGAAAAUAAAAGGAUCGCUUUGAAUCUUUUUUUCGGCUCAAUUAUGAGUCAGUACCUGGGUUCACUUUAGUUCAUGUGUAGUGCAGUGAUACCAUUCCAAACUUCUGAGAAGUUGCCUUUUCUCCUUAUUUUGAAGGAUUUUGUUGAUCCGGUUCUGUUUAUCUAAAACUACCUUAUGUUUCAUUUAUGUGUAAGAGAUGACGCAGUAGAAUUGGAGCUGUGAUGGCCUUAAGAAGAUGCUUUUAAACUGUAAAGUCGAUGUGAGUCAGGGAUAGACUUUAAGACAAAGGCGCACAUAACCACAUAAGACUUUGGCCUCCGUUCUGUGGAUCGAAAUGUAAAUAAAAGAAAAAAGAAGAGCUCAAGCUAUCUUAAAUCCAUUUGUGCAAUUUCAAUGUGACUGUAGCUUUUUUUUUUUUUUUAGUUUGUGUUUAAUGUUGUGAUAAUUGUUUAUUUAUGUUUCUUAUUUAUGACGAACUUUAAAAUGUUGAAUUUUGCACUAUUGCGCAAUGGAGCAAUACUAUACACUUUAAAAAAACAAAAAACAAAAUAAAGAUGUUUUCAGAUGUGA